AUGGGCUUCCUCCAGGGACACCUCCUGUUCUGGGUGCUGCUGCCUGUUUUUCUGAGAGCAUGGCCUCGCCAAAAGGAGACCCCCAAACUUCUGCCCUGCUGGAAGACCUGGAUUUCUGUCUCUUGCAGAGGCAGAGGCUUGACCACAUUUCCACAAGGACUCAGCUAUGAAAUCAAGCAGAUUGACCUCUCCCACAAUGCCAUCUCAAACCUGACAGACCACGACACAUCUGCUCUGGAACAGCUGGAGCAGCUGGACCUGUCAUACAACCGCCUGCACUCACUGUCUGGAGGAGCCCUGGGGCACCUCAACCACCUUCGCUCCCUGAUUCUGGCUGGGAACCAACUCCACCGAGACCAUGUCUCCAAUGGAAACGCCUUCCUGUCACUGGUGAGCUUGGCAGCCCUUGAUGUCUCAGCCAACGGCUUAGCCAACCAGAUGGUGGCCUCAUACCUCCACCGCCUCCCAGCUCUGGAGUGGCUAGACCUGUCAGGGAACCACUUGACCUGUCUGGCAAACGGCAUCUUUCAGGGGGUGCCCCAGCUGAGGGAACUUCACUUGAGGCGCAACUCCCUUGUUGAGAUCGAGGAAGGGGCCUUGUCCCAGCUCAGCGCCCUGGAGGUCCUCGACUUGUCCAUGAAUUCCCUCCGCUGCAUCACAGGCUUCGGCCUAGCCCAGCUGCGGGUCCUGAACCUUAGCUACAAUGCACUGGAGUCCUUUGAUGGGGCAAGAGAAGAGGCCCCCUGCCGCCUCCAUGCCUUGGACCUGAGCCACAACCGGCUGAAUGCCCUCCCGCUGCUCCCCAGAAGGAACCGGCUUCGGUACCUCAACCUCUCCCACAACGCCAUCACCACAGGGGCUAAUGAGAGCCAGAACGUCACACCUCAGAAUGUCUCUCGGAGGUUUGCAAAACUGAUGGACCUGAAUCUCAGCAGCAACCGCCUGGGAUCCUUCCCAGUUGCGCUUCUUCGUGGCUUGGCUUCCCUCCGGACUCUAAGCCUGGCAAGGAAUUGCCUUACUGACAUUGCUGUGGAGCUGCCCACGAAUCACAGUUCACCAGGACCCAUUGCCGACAGGGCAUGGCAAAAACAAACCUCACUGUCUGUACGCAUGCUGGACCUCCAAGGGAACUCCAUCCACCACUUGCCCCCACAUUUUUUCGACCUGUUUCCUGACCUGGAGGUGAUGGACCUUGGCCUCAACCGCAUCCAGCUCUGUCGAGCAUGGAACUCCUCCAAGGGAGAGUGUCUCCAUGUCAAAACAGAGGACUGCACUACUUUCCACUGCCUUCCACAGCUCAGGCACCUCAGCUUACGUGGGAACAACCUUGGGCUGGUGCACAGAUGCCUGUUCCACCAAACGCCCUUGGCCUCCCUGGAUCUGUCAGAGAACCAGGGCCUGGUCCUGCCCAGUUAUGCUUUGGAGGGUCUGGAAGCAUCUUUGCAGGAGCUCUCUUUAAGAGGGAACCGAAUGAAGACCACCAGCCUGGAUUUCCCUUGCCUGGUGUCCCUGAGCAUGCUGGACAUGUCAGGGAAUGACCUGAGCGCCAUCCCUCCCAGCUUGCUUUGCUCCCCGCUGGAGAAGCUGGACAUCCAAGGAAACCAGCUGGAGAGCAUAGAAGAAGCUGCAGCAAAGCGGCUAAGAAGAAGCCUCCGGGCUUUGUCUGUGGCCGGAAACCCCUUCAGCUGUUGUGAGCGAAAGUGGCUGCAAAUCCUGGGCACUUCUGUGCUGGACUUGGGCGAGACGCUGUGUUAUUACCGCAAUGGGGAUGAAAGCUUCACAACUAAAAUCAGUGGUGAACAGGCUGGGCAGCUUUGCCCUCGCAAUGCGCACAAGGUCUAUCUGGCUGCCUUUGACAUCCCCCAGCCCACCCAGAUUGAGCAAACCAUUGUUUCCUCUCUGGAGCCACACUGGUAG